AAGGACAGCAUGAGGCGCAGUGAGGGAGAGACACAUCGUCACAACAGGACAUUUAGGGACAGAGAAGAAGAAAAUGGAGACAACCCCUCGGCCUGAAAUGGGUCCGAAAUGGGGUAGUGGGGGGUCUGUAACAAGGGGGGAGCCAGCAGAGCCUCACAUGGUGAAGCACGCACUCCUGUGUCUCGUCCUCGCUUACUCUGACAAGGCAGGGACGGACUAACCGGAGGCGGCAGCGAUGUCUCUACUGUCCUUGAACAACCCCCCCGGCUGGGGCGCCUGCUCUGCUCUGUGCAUCCUCAUCGUGUUGCUCCCGGAGGCCAAAGCAGACGACCUGACCCCCACCACCACCACCGCCGCUCAGCGCAACGGCGGGGGGUCCCAGUGCGGGGGGUACACCAACCAGGUGAUGGAGGACGGGAUGUGUCGGCUGGUGGCCACACUGCCUCAGCUGGACGAGCAGAAAUGCCCCGAUAUGUUUCGCUGCACGGACGACGUUUCUUACUGGCUGCACCAGAACGAGGCGAGGAAGCAGCAGAUCGCGGCGCUGAAGGAGAUCAUCUCCGGGCUGCAGAGGGAGCUGAGGAACCACCGGCACCGCAUCCAUGUCCUCGAGCUGCAGAGUGAAGAGAGGAACCACUUAAAUACCUCUUUGGAGCAGCGUUUGCAUGAGCUGGAGCAUCACUACGCUGAAGCCACCACCCUGCUGCACCUUCAGAGUACCCUGAUUCUUGACCUCCAGAACCACCUCCAUAAUCUGACUGUUUUGGUGGAUGAUGUAAAAAAAAGCCCCGGGUGCUUGGUCAACGUCCCCCGUCCCAACCCGUUGAUGAGCGCCCAAGAAGCUCUGCGCUCAGAUAGUGUGAGGAACUGUCCCAUAGACUGCGCCUCCAUCUACUACAACGGAGUGAGGAGGUCAGGUCUCUACACGGUGGUGCCGUCGCGUGCCGGCGUGCCAGUGGAGGUCUACUGUGACAUGGACACGGAUGGCGGAGGCUGGACUGUGAUCCAGCGGCGCGCCGACGGCUCCUUGAGCUUCGACCGCAGCUGGAGGGACUACAGGGACGGGUUUGGGGACCUGCACUCCGAGUUCUGGUUGGGCAACAAUCACAUCCACGUCCUGAGCACCCAGGGAGACUACAGCCUCCGCGUCGACCUGGAGGACUGGAGCAACGUGCACAAACACGCCCUCUACCAGAGCUUUAGCGUGGGCGACGAGGAGCACCGGUACCGUCUCCGCGUGUCCGGCUUCAGCGGGACGGCGAAGGACUCGUUCAGCUGGUACCACGACAAGCAGGGCUUCAGCACGCCGGACAGCGGCAACAUCUGCGCUGAGAUCUCCCACGGCGGAUGGUGGUACAACCAGUGCUUCUACGCCAACCUCAACGGCGUCUACUACCAGGGAGGCCGUUACACCCCCAAAGGCCGGGGGCCGCUGGGCCCCGACGGGAUCGUUUGGUACUCGUGGAGGGACUCGGACUACUACUCCCUUCGCAAGGUCAGCAUGAUGAUCCGACCGCGCUCGUUUCGAAGCCAUUUGUCGCCAUGACGCCGUGGUGGUGGUGGGGGGGGGGGGGAUCUCUGGUGGGGACACCGUAGUCAUGACGACAUGCAGCGUGUUUUUUUGUUGCCCGAGGUCACGGAGGAGGAACUGAACGCCGCUUAAUGUCAACGACGACCUCGCCCCUGGUAUUUCUGAACCUCUGUGCGUGCAGAUAUGACCGGCAUGCUCGACGUUCCGACGAAGUUCAUUUUUCACUCCACCACAAGGGAAGAAAGCUGUUCCAUUUUUUUUUACCUCCGUUUUGUACUUUUAGCUUUAUACGCUAACACCCUAUUAGCAAUCCGACAUUUGUUUUGAAGUGUUGACAUAGUAGUUAAGCGGCUCCCAGAAGGCAUUUGCAACUGGCAGGAAGAUCACACGAAACUAUUUAAUGAUUCAUCUGCAUUUGGUGUUUGCUUAUUGCAUAUUUAUAAUUUCACUAUAACCCAAUGUCAUUCAUUUUGGAUUAGAGAUUAAUCCAUUGUGUAAAAUCUUUGUUGAAAUUAAAAAGGUUUUAUUCAGAACACUAUUAUGUUAGAUAAUAUCCCAUUGAUGAGCGCUACAGUCUCACAUUACAGGGCGAGGAGCGAGAUGUGCUAUAUGAAGACUGUGUAUACGUUCUGUAUGGAUUGUACAAUAAACAUUAAACUACUAAAAUGAC